GAGUGCAGGGAUGGUAGUCUCUUUUUUUUUUCUUUUUUUGAAUAUAUUCCCAUCCAUCUCAAGACUCAAACUUAGCUUCCAAUUAAUUUGGAGCAUUAUGUUCUUAAAGUUUUGAUAUCCUUGGGGAUCUCUUGAUAGAGUCAUCCAUUCUCCUUCCUUAAUAUUUGUUGGCAUUAGUCUAGGGUUUACAAUAGUUUGUUUAGUUAUUGGUGCUUGGUGGUUCUCCAAAAUAUUAAAGAAGAGAAGGAAAACGAAGCUUUAGAGCCAGUUCUUCAAACAAAAUGGAGGCUUAUUAUUGCAGCAACUGUCUUCAACUAAGGGUAAUGUUGAAAAGACCAAAAUAUUUAGUACCAAGGAGUUGGAAUGGGCAACUAAUAACUUCAAUAGGACUAAAAUACUUAGUUAAGGAGGUCAGGGCACUGUUUAUAAAGGAAUGUUGGUUGAUGGAAGAAUUGUCACAGUUAAAGAGUUUAAAGUACUAGAUAAAGAAAAAGUUAAAGAUUUCAUCAAUGAGGUGAUCAUUCUUUUGCAUAUUUGUUACAAAAACAUUGUUAAGUUAUUAGGGUGUUGUUUGGAGACUGAAGUUCCUUUACUAGUUUAUGAAUUCAUUCCCAAUGGGGUGCUUUUCCAAUACAUACAUGAUAAGAAUGAGGAGUUCCAAUUAUCUUGGGAAAGACAAUUAACAAUUGCAUCAAAAGUUGGAGUUGCCAUUUCUUACAUGCACUCAGCAACCUCCCCUCCCAUUUAUCACCAAGAUGUCAAGUCCUCAAAUAUUCUUAGAUGAAAAGUAUAGGGAAAAAGUUUUAGACUUUGGGACAUCGAGAUCAAUUGCUAGUGAUCAAACUCAUUUGAUCACAAAUGUUUAAGGCACAUUUGGGUAACUAGACAUUGAAUAUUACUAGUCAAGUCAAUUAACAAAAAAUAGUGAUACUU